UUCCUCAUUUCAUGCAGUUUUCUCUUUCAUUUUUCACUCGUGACAUGAGCUGUGCUGUCUGGAGAAGAUGUAACAACGAAGGCAGAAAUUCUUUUUCUUCAUGAAAUUUAUGAUGAAGGUAACUGAUAGCACUGUAAUAGGAUUAAGAGAAUUAAGAGAAUUUGACAGAAUAAAACAAAUAUUCCCCAGAGACGUGUGACUGAGGAUGACCGUGCUGAAUUUUUGUUCCUCCUUCCCCAAAAUGAAGCAUUCUGCCCAAUACCGAUCAAAAUAAGUAAAUAUGUUUGAGCUUGUCUUUUUCAUGUUGUUCACUCCUGGAGUCAGUGGAUUUUUCUGUACAUCGUCAGAUCUAGAACUGUCGUAUACUUUUUGUGAUUCUUCAGCUCAUUAUUUCAAGUUUAAUGUGACACCCUGCAGCAUGCUGAACAAAUCCGUCUGGCAUGCUGCUGUUACCUGGAUUCCAAAAAGUGAUGUUGCCUUUUUGAAGAUAGUCUUCACAGUCUGGUAUGAAGGUGCCAAAGCGUUGCACUGGAGAGAAGUUCUUUGCAGUGGAACUGAUGACGAAUAUUCUCUGUGUGGAAAGCUGAAAGGAGAAACAACUGAAACAGAAUUUGACAUUAAAGGUAAAAGAACAUCAUUUCCAAAGGGAUAUUAUACAGUUGUUUUACAAGCAUUCUCUGAUGUUUCCGAGCAGAAUGUUAUCAUGUGCUUGAACUUCACCAUGAUAGUGAAACAAGACCCUUUCUGAAUUCAACAAACAUUUUAAAUAAAUCCAGAACUUAGAGGCUCCUUCUGCAAACAACUGGAAUCCAUCUUACAAAAUAUAAAGCAGCUUUCCUGAGGUAGAACGCAUCAAGUUCUGUGUGGAAAGCAACAUGGAGUUCUUAUUCCAUUUAUAGCACGGCUGUGAUCAGAUGCUCAGCCAAUAUACGCAGCUUCUCUUGGAGCUGGGUAUCCCGAUGAAGUCACAGAAUAAUUGCAAAUGGUCAGAUGGAGAACUGCAUUUCAGUGUUGUGCCUUCAGUUAUGGAAAAGCCAAGUACUUCAGACUACGAUACAUUCAUUCAAGAAUUUUUGAAGAUUUGAAGAACAAGAAUUGCAAGUAUUCAACUUGAAAUACAACAGUAUUUCAUAUGGAAGAAAUGCUUCUCUGUUUUUUCCUUUUAACAAUAAAUUUUUUCGUACACUCAA